AUUUCAAAGUCCUUUAUUUAGUAUUUUGGUAGUGCAUUGGUAGCAUUUUAGUAAUUGAGAAGAGUGGGUUGGAGAAGGUCACAUCCACGAAAACAAUCCAAUACUUGCAGUUGAGAAGACAAUUUAAUUUUUUAUUUGUAUGAUAGAAAAGGAAGCACCUUCCCUGAAGUUGCAUGCAGUAAGCACUUCAAAUUAUUGAUUAGCAUAGAAAAUAUCAUAGAGGAAAGUCGGUCAAUGGCAAAGACCGACUUGUGUAAUGAAAUGAUGAAGGAAUUGCUCCUCUAUUCCUUUUGUUACUCUAUAGUUACUACGUAUGUAUAUAUAUAUGUGUGCACGCUUAAUUAGAUUCCAUGCGCAUUAUUAUUGCUAUUACUAGCUCAAAAAUGCAGAAAUUGCUCAUCACUUCCUUUUGCAUGUUGUUACUGGUUUUCUUCAAACUAGUUGAAGCAAGCCAAUUUACGUGCUCCAAAUCCAAAUGUAGUGAUGAUCAAGGCCCGGCUAUCCAUUUUCCACUGCACCUCAAGCAUCAUUGUGGUCCUGGGCUUGAAUGCAAUCAGAUAGAUGAGCAGCCGAUAAUCCUAGUAAAAUUCUUUGUCAAGCGCAUAGAUUACAAGCGUCAGGAAAUCCAAGUGCUUGACCCAUAUUACUCUAAUUGCUUGCUGCUAAUAAAGCCUGUAAAACUCCCAAACAUGCCACUCUCUCCCUUCUACUUGUCAAUUUUCAAGUUCGAUAACGUUACCUUAUUCAGCUGCCCACCUGUUGGAACGUAUUAUGGGAAUCAAGUCCCCUGCCUCGGUGACCCUGGUAGCACAAUUUAUGGUGCUUAUGGUAAUUAUGAUUUUGAAUCUCUCUUCGAGGAGCUACCAUCUUGUACAAGAAUGUAUGAUGUUUUAUUUGUUCCAACUGGUACUUCGUUAGCAAAUGGAUAUGAUGUUCUUCGUUUCAAGUGGUCUAAACCAAAUUGUACAGAAUGUGAAGCAGAUGGAAAGAGGUGUAGAUGGAAGAACAGUGGCACCAACAGUGAAAUUGAAUGUGUGAGGAAACCAAGCAACACAUGGAAAUUAUUGGCUACUGGUGGAAUCCUGGGUUCUUUGCUUCUUGUUCUACUGAUGAUUGCAGCAUAUCGGGUAUAUAGCGCUGACAGAAAGGAAAAAGAGAGUCGAUUAAGAAUUGAAAGAUUCUUGGAGGAUUACAAAGCACUGAAACCGAGCAGGUAUUUGUACGCAGAUAUUAAGAGGAUUACAGAUCAAUUCAAGGACAAGUUGGGCCAAGGAGCCUAUGGAACUGUCUUCAAAGGAAGGCUUUCUUCUGAAUUCCUUAUUGCUGUCAAAGUCCUCAACAGUUCUAAGGGAGAUGGGGAAGAGUUCGUAAAUGAAGUGCGAACCAUGGGUCAUAUCCACCACGUCAACGUGGCUCGCUUGGUUGGAUUUUGUGCUGAUGGAUUUGUACGAGCUCUUGUUUACGAGUUCUUCCCCAAUGGUUCCCUGCAAGAUUUCAUUUCGUCUGCAGAUAGUAAGAAUUCCUUCCUUGGUUGGGAUAAGUUGCAAAAUAUUGCCCUCGGCAUAGCCAGGGGAAUUGAAUAUCUUCACCAAGGAUGUGAUCAACGAAUCCUCCAUUUCGAUAUCAAACCCCAUAAUGUUUUGCUAGACCAAAACUUCACCCCAAAAAUUUCUGAUUUUGGUUUGGCCAAGUUAUGUUCCAAGGAUCAAAGCUUGGUGUCUAUGACUACAGCCAGGGGGACCAUGGGCUACAUUGCACCCGAAGUGUUCUCCAGGAAUUUCGGAAACGUGUCUUACAAGGCAGAUGUCUAUAGCUUUGGAAUGCUGCUGCUCGAGAUGGUAGGAGGAAGGAAGAAUAUUGGUUCAACCAUCGAGAACACCACAAAUGAAAUUUACUAUCCACAGUGGAUUUAUAAUCUUCUAGAGGAAGGGGAUGACCUACGAAUCCAUAUUGGGGAAGAAGGAGAUGGUAAAAUUCCAAAGAAACUUGCAAUUAUAGGGCUAUGGUGUAUCCAGUGGCACCCGGUGGAUCGUCCGUCCAUGAAAAUAGCGGUUCAGAUGUUAGAAGGAGACGGAGAAAGCUUGACCAUGCCGCCUAAUCCCUUUGUGGCUACAGGUCCUGCAACUAAAAAUGGAAGCAUUCCGGCAAGACGACUAGAGUUGGAACCAAUUGCUGAACUAGAGUAGAAAUUGUAACAACAAUAUAUGUAAUAUUAACAUUGAAUGUGUAAUCUUUCGAACCUAAUUUAAGGGUGUUUGUUUCCAA